AUGACUGCUUCCUACUUGGACUGCGCUGACAGGCCUAGGCCCUGUCAGUCAGCGCGGAGGGCCAGGGGGGGCGCGAGCGAGGCUGCAGCGGCCUUCCGAUAGGUCGGCUCAGCCGUCGCUCGGCAAUGACGCCACGAGAAUCCCCCGCUCUCGUUGGCUGCUGCUUGCUCCUCAGCGGCCGUUACCUGGCGCGCGGCGGAAGCGGAAGUCGGUAGUGCGGCCGCGGCGGGAGGGAUGAAACCGGCUCCGGUGCGGCGGUGGCUCCUGCCGCCGCUGGUGCUGCUGCUCCUGCCGCCGCCGCUGCUGCUGUUCGGGGGCGCAGGUGCCAGGGAGUCGGUUCUCCCGCUCUACGAGGGCCAUGUGUACCAUCUUGAAACUCCUCACCACUUCUGUUACACCAACACGCGCGUCCCGCAAUGGCACGAUAUAUGGACCAGGACGCAGAUCCGGGUCAACAGCAGCCGGAUGAUCCGAGUCACCCAGGUGGACAGCGAGGAGGAGCUGGAGAAGUUCAACAUGUGGAAUGUUGUUUUCUCCUUUCUGAAGGAGAAGCUGAAUGACACCAGCAUCGAUGUUGAUCUCUACAGCAACAAAACCUGCCUGAAGGUCGAGCUGUUGGAGGCCGGCACCACAUACUGCGUUGUCCUUUUCCGCCGCUUUGACCCUAAGCUGUUCCUGGUUUUCUUCCUGGGCCUGUUGUUGUUCUUCUGUGGAGACAUGCUGAGCAGGAGCCAACUCUUCUACUACUCAGCCGGGAUUAGUUUUGGCUUGUUGGCCUCGCUGCUCAUCCUUGUCUACAUGAUGUCCAAGGUCAUGCCCAAGAAAAGUCCUGUUUACUUCCUGCUGGUAGGAGGCUGGUCCUUUUCCCUGUACCUGCUUCAGCUGAUCUUCAAGAACCUACGGGAGAUCUGCAAGUCCUACUGGCAGUACCUUCUAGGUUACCUGCUGCUCGUUGGCUUCCUGAGCUUCGGUGUGUGCUACAGAUACGGCCCACUGGAGAACGAGCGCAGCAUCAACCUCCUCUCCUGGGCCCUGCAGCUUCUGGGCUUGUUGCUGAUGUACUCAGGCAUCCAGAUCCAUCCCGUUGCCUUGGCCUUCGUGGUCAUGGCCAUCUGCACCAAGAACCUGGACUACCCUGUGCAGUGGGCCUUCACUGCCUACAGGAGAAUGCGGAGUGCCAGGCUCGGGCCGAGCCCCCCUCGCCUGCUGACGGAGGAGGAGUAUCGGGUCCAAGGUGAGGUGGAGACGCGCAAGGCCCUCGAGGAGCUUCGAAACUACUGCAGAAGCCCGGAUUUCUCUGCCUGGACUGCGGUCUCCCGCAUUCAGUCUCCCAAGAGGUUUGCUGACUUUGUGGGUGGUGCCAGUCAUGUCACCCCCGACGAGGUCUCUGUCCACGAGCGGGAGUACGGCCUGGGCGGCAUCUUCUUUGAGGACCAGCUCUUUGAGGAGGAGGAUGAAGAUGACUCCUUUGAGAGGAAUCAUGCGAAUUACUCCCUGACCCACAAUUACCUGGAUGCUGAUUGAGGACAGCUGCCCCA